GCCGCCGCCCGCCGGCCCCCUCUCCGCCUCGCUCCGCUCCGCUCCUCCGCCCCGAGCCCAUGAGCCUGAACGAGCACUCGAUGCAGGCGCUGUCCUGGCGGAAGCUCUACCUGAGCCGAGCCAAGCUGAAAGCCUCCAGCCGCACCUCCGCGCUGCUCUCCGGCUUCGCCAUGGUGGCUAUGGUGGAAGUUCAGCUUGAUGCAGACCACGACUAUCCUCAGGGGCUCUUGAUAGCCUUCAGUGCCUGCACUACUGUGCUUGUUGCAGUUCACCUUUUUGCACUCAUGAUAAGUACUUGCAUUCUUCCAAACAUAGAGGCUGUUAGCAAUGUGCAUAACCUCAACUCUGUCAAGGAAUCUCCUCACGAGCGCAUGCACCGGCACAUUGAGCUCGCGUGGGCAUUUUCCACUGUCAUUGGGACUUUGCUCUUUCUUGCAGAAGUGGUGUUACUGUGCUGGGUGAAGUUCCUUCCUUUAAAGAAGAAAACUGACAACACCCAGCAGAGCAACAGUUCUAGCAUCACAUCUGGACAGGCAGCAGCCAUUGCAUCGACGUCCAUUAUGGUGCCCUUUGGAUUGAUUUUCAUUGUGUUUGCAGUCCACUUCUACCGGUCACUGGUGAGCCAUAAAACAGACAGGCAAUUUCAGGAACUCAAUGAACUUGCUGAAUUUGCACGGCUCCAGGAUCAGCUGGAUCACAGAGGUGACGCCGUCACCUCAGCCGUCACCAAUUUUGCAUAAACCUGUGCUUAAGAAAAUAAAGCCACUAUUCUGCUUCGGCCUUAUGGUCACUCCCUGUGGAUGAACUGGUUGAACUGCUGAUUACAAUUUAAAGAAUAAUUAUAAAUAUUCUAACCCUUUAGAGAGGGGGAAAAAAUGUUCCUUUCAUUCAGGUUUUGCUGUCUGAAGGAGUGGAUGGUGGGGUGUGAUUGCCCUGUGUGAGCAGCCCUCCUCCUGUGAACGCUGUCUCGCAUCUUUCUUGUUAACGCUGAAUGGUGGCUGUAUAAAUACAGGGAAAAUAACAUUGUACAUUUGGGUAUUAGUUAGGAAUGGAUAGAGAAGUUGUGGAUUUUUUUUUUUCUCUGUUUAUCUGAUGUUGGCAUUUACUAGAAGAUACUGCUUGUCCUAUCCAUAUUGCAUGGCAUGAUACAAAUUACUUGGGACAUGCAGCAAUUAGCACUUGGUUUCAGUGCUAGCGCUGCUCUCCCUGGAAAGCCUGACAGAUGGUGGGAGUGAAAGCUUUCCCAGCACUUUCCCCAGUAUGUUUUGCUGCCAAGUAAUUAUUACUUUGCUGAUUUCUCUAGUGCCUUUUUCCCGUGGCACUUACACAUUUUUUAACUUGCUAAACACCCAGGACUAAUCUUACUGCAUUGUGGUGUGGCCACGUGAGUAGGAAUGAGACUCAACUCUUCUGUUCCGUGGAAGAAAAUAAAAGCAAUAACUUUUAAAGUUCUCAUGAGCUGGCACUUAUUAUCUGGAGAGAUAGAUUUGCCUGUUUCUCAUUGAAGAAUCUUUUUUUAAAAAGAAGGAACUAGAUGGAAAUUAUCACUGGAUAAUUUUUUUUUGCUUGAAAAUCAGAACUACUGCUCUUUUUUUCCAAGCCAAAGUAGUAAUUAUUUUAUACUUUUAUAUUGAAAAUAUAUUUUUAAUAAAUCCUCAGAAACAAGCAGCAAAAGGUGCUUUCUCUCUGUUGGAUUCCCAAGUAAUGAGCUAUGCCUUUGUCUUCCUUGUUUAGAAAAGUGUUCUCUUCGCUGAAGUGUUGUAUUUAAUAACUCAUUAUACAUUUUUUGCUUUCAAGGAUCUGGAAGACAACUUUUGUUGAUGUAUAUUUAUUUAUGAAAGUAGGUUAUUUGUAAUUAAUAUUGCUGCUUUCUUUCAGACACCUCUGUGAUAUCAAGGCUACUGUGUUGUUUAUUUCCUCUAAGCAAAAA